AUGGUAUAUGGCACAUCUCUACGAAUACCAUCCGAGUUUUUCGUAAACGACUCCGAAAACCCGAACGAAGCCGAGUUUGUCGACAAGCUUCGAAGAGCUAUGCGAAAAAUUCGUCCCCAAGAGACUGCCAGGCAUGGAAAUCGCAGUGUUUUCGUUCAUCAGGACUUGCAAACGUGCGAGAACGUCUUCGUACGCAAUGAUUCGGUUCGACCUUCGCUAUCACCACCGUACGAAGGACCAUUUAAGGUGGUAAAGCGAGCCGAAAAGUUCUUCAAGUUGAACAUGCGUGGUCGCCAAGUAAACGUUUCGGUCGAUCGCUUGAAGCCAGCAUACUUGAUAGGAGAUCAGGAAAACGCAACUGUUCUAAGCUUUUUCGGAGAAAGUAGAAUGGACGAGGAAAAGAAGGUAUAUCUUUUUGAUGGUGCGAACAUCAACAAUUGGAGCUUCCGAAUGGAAGUGCUCCUUGAGGAGCUGGAUAUUUUAGAUUGUGUUCGUGAGGAAGCGGAAAAGGUAGAAGAUUAUCAGGUUUUGGUGACUGAUUCGGAUGCAGUACGGCUGGCUAAGGAGAUUAAACUGCAAGAUAGAAAGAAGAGAGAUGUGAAAUGUAAAUCGGUACUGGUGCGAAACAUCGCGGAUUCCCAGCAUGAGUACAUUAAGGGUAAGCAAACCCCGCGUCAGAUUUGGACAACGCUUGAAAACACGUUUGCCCGAAAGGGCAUCUCGGGACAGUUCUAUCUUCUGAAAAAGCUUUCAGCGAUGAAGUUUUUGGAGUCCGGUUCUCUCCAGGCGCACUUACUUGAGUUCGAGCGGAUGGUGCGGGAUCUGGAAGCUGCUGGCAAAAAACUGCAAGAAAGUUUGAUCGUAUUUUAUUUGCUACAAACAAUGCUGAACUCGUAUGGUCAGCUUGUAACAGUUCUGGAAUCGCUGGCACCGGAGCAAUGCACGCUCGACUUUGUCAAGGAACGUCUACUAAGUGAAUCUGUUCUAAGCUUUUUCGGAGAAAGUAGAAUGGACGAGGAAAAGAAGGUAUAUCUUUUUGAUGGUGCGAACUUCAACAAUUGGAGCUUCCGAAUGGAAGUGCUCCUUGAGGAGCUGGAUAUUUUAGAUUGUGUUCGUGAGGAAGCGGAAAAGGUAGAAGAUUAUCAGGUUUUGGUGACUGAUUCGGAUGCAGUACGGCUGGCUAAGGAGAUUAAACUGCAAGAUAGAAAGAAGAGAGAUGUGAAAUGUAAAUCGGUACUGGUGCGAAACAUCGCGGAUUCCCAGCAUGAGUACAUUAAGGGUAAGCAAACCCCGCGUCAGAUUUGGACAACGCUUGAAAACACGUUUGCCCGAAAGGGCAUCUCGGGACAGUUCUAUCUUCUGAAAAAGCUUUCAGCGAUGAAGUUUUUGGAGUCCGGUUCUCUCCAGGCGCACUUACUUGAGUUCGAGCGGAUGGUGCGGGAUCUGGAAGCUGCUGGCAAAAAACUGCAAGAAAGCUUGAUCGUAUUUUAUUUGCUACAAACAAUGCUGAACUCGUAUGGUCAGCUUGUAACAGUUCUGGAAUCGCUGGCACCGGAGCAAUGCACGCUCGACUUUGUCAAGGAACGUCUACUAAGUGAAUCUUAUUGCCACAUCCCGAAAGAAAAACGUAGCAAACUGGAAACUCGCAGCAAAAUCAGUCACUUUGUGGCUAUGGCGGUGGUGGUUAUCGCUUAUGGGAUACAUUUUUUUAAUUUAUUUCAGUUGGGACGGCUUUUAGACGAAGGCGAAUAUCAGAAGCGAAUAGUGCCAUGUGUAGUCAAGUUAUUUGCUUCAACUGAUCGUGUAACGCGCUCACGUUUGCUACAGCAACUCGAUUUGUUUAUUUCGCACUUGCAGCCAAAUGUAGUGAAUGAUCAAAUCUUUCCUCAAAUUGCACAUGGUUUUCUAGACACUAAUCCGACUAUUAGAGAACAAACCGUGAAGUCAAUCAUCCAUUUAGCGCCUAAACAAUAUAACAACCUGAAUGUAGAAGUGUUGCGUCAUUUUGCUCGACUUCAGUCGCGAGACGACCAGGGCGGUAUUCGAACAAACACCACUGUUUGUCUUGGUAAAAUCGCACCCCAUCUACAUCCACAAGUGCGGCAACGUGUACUUGUGUCUGCCUUUAUUCGAGCUAUGCGUGAUCCAUUUCCACCGUCGCGAGUAGCAGGAAUAUUAGCGCUUGCAGCUACUCAGCAGUACUUCUUGUUGAAUGAAGUUGCUAUACGUAUACUACCAGCACUUUGCCCACUCACAACAGACCCUGAGAAAUCGGUCCGCGAUCCUGCCUUCAAAACACUACGUGGGUUUUUUGGGAAGUUGGAAAAAGUAUCGGAAGACCCCAGUCUACGCGAAAGCAUGGAGGCUGAUGUUCAUACAGCGACUCCGUCGCUCGGUAACGCUGCCGCAACAUGGGCUGGGUGGGCAGUGACAGCAGUUACUGCCAAAUUCUACCGCAGUCAAAGUGACACAGCCCGACCGAAGCCACCACUUACGGGUAAAACCUUGAGUAAGCCUGCUUCUUUGGAACAACCUUCUAGCAGCAGUAUUUCGACCACGACUAGUAGCGUUACCUCCAUGACUUCGCUAGAACACGAGAGCGCUGAUACAUCUGCAUCGGUAAGCGACUAUGGUCCGGACAAUUGGGAUCAGGAAAACUGGGGUGAUAUGGACACGUCCCAGGAUCCAAGUAGUCCAAUGACAGGAACAUCGAAUCAACCAAACUCAAAUCUCAACAUGAUCGGCAGUGUUAGUGAUGUGCGCGAUGGUUGGGACAACGAAGAUUGGGGAAGUCUAGAGGAAGAUCCGAAUGAAACUGAACUAAAUGAAAAAGAUGAAGAUGAGCUUAAUCAGGCGCAGCCAAAGGAUGAAUUUACUACGAAUAACCCGACCGCUAUCUUAACAGAUUUGGUAUUAUCAAUCAACAAUAGUCAUACUGGCAGUUCGUACAAUAUGGGACGAGUCGGUGGUGGAAGUAGCAGUAACAAUAGUACGACGAAUACGAUAAGUUCUUCAUUGACGGAAAAUACAGUAAAAGCAGUUAUCACCAACAGCAACAGCAGAAGUACAUGCAACAGUACUAAUGCAAAUAACAGUAAUAAUAACAGCAUCAACAACCAAGGGAAUCAUAUCAACAGUCCUAGCAAGAUGAUUGCGCUCAAGAACAUGAACAACCUGAUCAACAUCAGUAGUAGUAAUAGCAAUCAACUCUCUGGUUGGAAUAACAUAGACGACACGGGAGCUGGAUGGGGCGACGGUGAAUUUGAAACGCUGAACGAGUCAAGUGCAGGAAAUACUAAAAUGGAUGAAGCGCGUCGAAAACGUGAGGAUAAAAAAAUGCAGCGGCAACGUGAAUUGGAAGCAAAACGAGCACAUCGCACUGGUUCUUGCGGAGGCGCGAUGAAGUUGGGUGCCAAAAAAAUUUAAUCUUACUAUACGAAGGUUGAGGAUAAUGCUAUCUCAAAACAAUUGAUGCAAACACAUUUUAGAUUCUUCGAGAAUCCCACAAUAUGGUAAAUUCUCGAAUAUCUUUCAAUUUGCAUCAAUUACAUGGAAAAUCGUCCGGGAGAAUCCAAAUAUAAUAACUGACCUGAAUAAUCAUAGGUAACUUACAUUGAAUGGAAUGAGUCAUAAAGUGAUAAACAUAUGCAAAACAUAGGUUAAUAAACUAACACAGGUGUGCAAUUCGAACAAAUUGCACUUUUCUUGAGAAACAGUAUGGAACGUAGCGAAAAAACAUUUCAAAUUCUCGCAAAAGCCUUUUUAGAUGAUUAAAAUAGGAAGAUAUUUAUAAGACCUACAAGUUUACAAUGCGUAUAUAAAUAAAUAAUACACCCGUUUCCAGGUUCGUUCGAAUCUCGCGUCGAUUUGCAUCAAAUCACGUGCCGCUUGCUUCAGAUCGCAUGAUAUUUCGAUUGAUGAAUGCGUGCCGGUACGAUUGAAUCGCGUGCCGUUAAUGGGCCCCUUCACAAUUCUAGUCAGCUAUUUAUAUGGAGUUUGACGGUUCGAGGCUGAAAUCAUGUAAACACUCCAUACAAAACCACACUCAAAACUGCGAUUUUCAGCCUAGAUUAUUCUAGCUUCAAAGCUAGAAUAAGAUGCGUGUAUCUGCUCGACACAAUGGCGUGUUUUCAUGUAUCCCAAGGUGCAUUAAAGAGAUCAGGUCUUGGAAUCUAGAAUCAAAGUGUAAGUAGACGACCAGGUGGUCUUCAAGCAUGUUUCUAUAACCAAAUUUGAACGUCACUUUUUGACAGGACAGGUGAAACCUUUAGCUGAACAGGCUUUCUGGUAGCUUGACGAAUACACAAAACAUUCAUAAAAUCUUCAUUCAGAAGCUUCUUCUUCUUAACAACCUCAACAACCGUUG